UUUUUUACUUUGCAGGGAAUGAAUUUUAAAUAGUAUAUAAAGCUGAGCUGUUUUAUUAAAAAAACUAUUAGCUCUUGCUUGUUAAGAAACAAUUCUCAAAAUGAUCGCUAAGGUUGUAAUCUUUUGUCUUGCCCUGGCUGCCGUCCAGGCUUCUGGUCUUGUUGGGCCAUGGGGAUAUGCUGGAUAUGGUGGUCCAUGGAUUGGAGCUCAUGGAAUCGCCCCAGCUACCGUUGCCUCACAAAAAGCCGUUAUCAACCAUGUAGCUCCAGCUGCUCCAAUUGCCGUAGCUGCCCCAGUUCUCGGACAUGGCCUUCUUGGAGCUGGCCUUCUUGGAGUUGGACAUGGAAUCGCCCCUGCACCAUUGGCUCUUGGACAUGGACUUGUCGGAGCUCCAUUGGGUUAUGGACUUGGACUUGGAAAAGCUAUUUAUUAAAAUAUGUUUUCAUUGCCAAAGAAAUGAAAUAGUGGAAGCAAACUAAAUUGUAACAUAAAAAAAUAAAAUAUUUAUUUCUUGUUCAAAAA